GUGGCCUCCUCGCCGCUUGGUUGUCGCCACCAAAAUUCGAAAGGUACCGUCUGAACCAUUUAUUUCCAGGGGCAUUUACCCUUUAUACGGGGGUUUACCCUUAAUAUCCCGCACCCUCCUUUACUCUCCCACCUUCCGUCUCGCCAUGGCCGCCGAAGAUACCUUCUCCUCGACGUCGGCUGCAUUAUGUUGUAUCUCUCUCCCUCCUCCCCCCUCCCUGCGCCGCCUAUGGAGCACCUUUUCGGAGCCGACUCGUCCGAUCGUUUCAACCCGCCGGGGCCAACCUUUUCUGAGCCAACCCGCCUAUGGAGCACCUUGGGCUACGCUUCAGGGUGGCCUUGUCGGCGAAGCGGAGGCCACUUCGUCACAAAUUGUUGGGAAAGAUCUGGACCCCGCUGAAGCAGUUGCUUGGGAGCUUUUCACGCCGCUUCACCGCGUACUCCUCGUCUCCAUCAUUGCCAUUGCGUCUGCGGAGUCAAGGCGGUCCCAGAGAAUCUCGCAGCUUCAGCGUACUGUAGAAAUUAGGGAUGAGGCUCUCAAAAACAUCCAAGCAAAACUUGAUAAUUUGUGCGAGCAAAUAAGGUUUAUCAAAGACCAGUUUCCUACACCAGGCUGCCGCUUUCUGCAGGAUAAUGAGCACUUUAUAAUUGGAGAAAUGACAGAGGCAAAUGAAGACAAAUUCUGUCAUCGCGAUACUCGAGUAUUUCACCUCAAUCCUGAUAGUGGUAUUGUCCCUCUUUGUAGUAGCCAAUCAAUUAAAACAAAGGAUGUUUACAUGAAUGAGAUGAGCAAAGGAAGAUUGUCCGUGAACAAUCACGAAAUCGCAUCGGAGCUAGAGGAGCGCAGAAUGUCCGAUCUGUCAGAUUUUUGUUGCAGUGUUGCGUCCUCUGCAGAUUUUCAGCCUGUAGAGCUGAGCACAUUAGCAGCAGAGCAGGAGCUUUACAACCUUCGAAAUGAAUGUGAAGAGAAGGAUGCCAACAUCAAGGAACUUACUGCUACUGCCCAUGCUUCCAGUGUUGCUUACUCUAAGAGGAUUGCAGAACUGGAAGAGGUCAUAAGAAGGAAAAACAUGAUAACCACAAAGCUGAGGAAGGAUAUGUUAUUUUUAGAGCAACAGAUUAGCAAAUUAUUAAGGCUUCGAAGACAAUCCUCGCCUUCUUCUUCUUCUUCUGUCAUUUCAACCACCAAACAACUUCCACGCAUGACGGAAAAUAUUCUCUAUGACAUGAGCAGCACCAGCUCCUCUUCUUCGGACCGUGAUUCUCCUGACAGGGAUAGAGUGAAUCCGGUUCUUCUGCGAAGUAUGGAACAGAGCAGGCAAGUCUCAGCAAUGCCUCUGAGUUCUUUUGUCUCAAAAGAACAGCGGCCAAUCAGUCCUCUCAAGGAAAAUCGUAUGAGCAGGAAAGUUGAAGCAAAUACUACAGUGAGGCAAAGUCAAUUUGAAGCAAAUCCUGUAGUGAGGCAAAGGAAAUUAGUUUCUCCAAGUAUGGAUAAUAAGAAGUCUCGGAGAAAAAGCUUGAAGGAAGAUAAGAACAUGAAGACUUCUCAGAAGAAAACAGAUUGAGGUGCGGUUUGAUCCAAUUUUUUCUGGAUGGUAAUAUUAUUGUUAUUUUGAUGAUUUCAGAUUUUGGUAGCAAUUUUAUUUAUUAAAUAUAUCAUGGUUGGUUCAAUGAGAUGUAGCUUAAAGAAUUAAUGAUUUUUUUUUAAUUUAUUAAUAUGAUGAUACCCUUUUCCCAUGCCAGUGAAUUUGGCAGAGGAUUUUUGAUGUAGUGACAUUUGCGGAGAUUGACAUUGAAAAGUAAAGCUAAAAAUUUUCAUGA